AUGCAGGCAGCGGACGCUGGAAACAAACAGAAGAUCCAAGCAAGAGAGACGACUAUAGAUCUACAUCUACUGAAAUCAGCUCAGAGAGAGAUGGAGAGAGUUCACUCAAUAAAGAUGUUGGCAGUUUUGGUUCUGGUGAUGCUGGGGUCGAGUGUGAAUGAAGGACGGGUUUUGGAUAAAUGUGAACUGAAGGCUCAGAUGGAAGAAGCUUAUGGACCAGAUGCAGCUGAAAAAACAAUCGAUGGUGUACCUGGAGUUACGGUCGGGGACGUUGUCGCCAAACUCAUGUGUUCAAUGAAAAAGACUUCAGGGCUCGACACCGGCUUUACCACCAGUGUCCAGGCACCAGGAUCAAAUUCCACCAUGAACCUUUAUGGACUCUUCCUGCUGAGCGAUCGUGUGGCCUGCAAUUCUGGAUCCAACCCGAGUCUGAACAUCUGCCGCUUGGAUUGCAGUGCUCUGACUGAUGACGACCUCAGCGAUGACAUUCGCUGUCUGAAGAUUGUGAUGAAGUUUGUGAGCAUUCUCAUAGAAGAUGCUCCACAUCCUCCUGCUACCGGGAUGCACUUCUUGCACAUGAAUGAGUGUAGCACAGUGGUUGCCUCGGAUUACUUUGCUGACUGCCCCUAAACUGUUCAGCGCCCUAAAAUAAAUGCAACAAAUUAGUCAUUUAUGCACAAUAAACUCAGCAUAUAAAUCA